CUUGCACUUUGUGUUGCCACCAAUAGCCGUGCUUGGCUUCGCACAGACGUGCUUGUAACAAACAUGAGAAACUUUCCUGUCAGUCGGGGCACUGUCGCUGGUAUUCUCAAAGGUUAUGUGGGGCUGAGUGCUGCAGUGUACACAGAAAUUUUCGGCAUCUUGCUUCACAAUUCCUCUGCCAAGCUCUUGCUCUUUCUCACUUUAGGGAUCCCAACUUUAUGUAUUGUAAUGAUGUAUGCUGUUAAACCUUGUACCUCCGCUUCCGGGGAAGACUCUGCUGAGCGUGGCCAUUUUCUUUUCACCCAAGUGGCCAGUGUUUUGCUUGGCUUAUAUCUUCUCACUACCACAGUAUUGAGUCAUUUUAUUCCUUUGAGUGAUACUGUUUCCUAUACUUAAAUUGUCAUAAUGAUUCUACUUCUCAUGGCUCCACUUGCUAUCCCUGCAAAGAUGACAUUAUAUCCCUCAAAUCGGAGUAAGUUAGGAACACUUGGUCGACCAGUAGGGUCUUCGGACCAACUUAUUCAAGCAGAAGGUGAUAUGGACAAAUCGGAACCGUUGCUCACCCCAUCUACAUCAACAACAAAUAUUGGAAGUUUUCAUGAGAGCGAUAGUGUUUCGGAGGUGGAUAUGCUUCUAGCUGAGGGAGAGGGCGCAGUGAAGAAGAAGAGACGGCCCAAAAGAGGGGAAGAUUUCACUUUCCGUGAAGCUAUAGUGAAGGCUGAUUUCUGGCUUCUGUUCUUUGUUUAUUUCGCCGGUGUUGGUUCGGGUGUUACCGUUCUCAACAACUUGGCUCAGAUAGGAAUAGCUCAAGGUGCAGAAGAUACAACCGUCCUGUUAUCUCUAUUCAGCCUUUUUAAUUUUGUGGGUCGGCUCGGUGGCGGUGUUGUCUCCGAACAUUUUGUCAGGUCAAAAACAAUCCCUAGGACAAUUUGGAUGACAUUCACACAAAUCAUAAUGAUCAUUACAUACCUUUUCUUUGCUUCUGCUCUUGAUGGUAUACUCUAUGUCGCAACAGCAGUACUUGGAAUCUGCUACGGCUUUCAGUUUUCCAUAAUGGUCCCAACCGCCUCCUAG